UUCUACCAUGAAUAAGUUCUUCAAAACCUCCAAAGUGGCUCUCAGGUUCUUUAAUGGCGGCCUCAACCGAAGCAAUUACGGAGUCCGCCAGCUGUCUCAAUUUGCUGGUGACUUUGAAACUGAGUCCAGAAAAUUACUGGAGGGUGUUGUUACGAAUUCCGCUAAUUAUGUUCCAUUGACACCAAUAAGUUUCUUGGAGAGAGCAGCAGAUGUUUAUCGCCAUAAAACUUCCGUUGUGUUUGGGUCUUGUGUGAAGUAUACAUGGGAAGAGACACACUCUAGGUGUCUCAAACUUGCUUCUGCUUUGGUUCAGCUAGGAAUUUCAAGGGGAGAUGUGGUUGCAGCUUUGGCUCCCAAUGUACCAGCAAUGCAGGAGCUGCAUUUCGCAGUACCAAUGGCGGAAGCAGUUCUUUGUACAUUAAAUACUCGUCUUGAUUCAUCAAUGGUAGCUCAUUUACUGAAACAUUCAGAAGCGAAGAUAAUAUUUGUUGAUCAACAAUUGCUCCAAGUUGCUCAACAAGCACUCUCUCUUCUUUCAAAAGACAAAAUUAAACCACCAAUUCUUGUGCUAAUACCUGAAUAUGAGAAUUCCUCUCCGACCAAUGACAUUCAUGAAUACGAAAAUCUUUUAUCAAGUGGGAGUAGCAAUUUUACAAUAAGAUUGCCAAAAAGUGAAUUUGAUCCUAUCAGUAUCAAUUAUACUUCUGGCACAGUGUCGUCACCAAAAGGGGUUGUGUACAAUCACAGAGGUGCAUAUCUCAAUUCUAUUUCUACUUUCCUCUGUCAUGGUAUGGGUCCGAUGCCAUCGUACCUUUGGACACUUCCAAUGUUUCACUGCAAUGGAUGGUGCAUGAUUUGGGGAAUGGCUGCACUUGGUGGCACAAAUGUUUGCCUUAGGAAUGUCUCCGCAAAAAAUAUAUUUGAAAGUAUUUCUCUCAACAAGGUCACACAUAUGAGUGCAGCACCAAUUAUCUUGAGUAUGAUGGCAAAUUCUUCACCAAAUGAUAGGAAGCCACUUCCCCAUAAGGUCGAAAUAAUGACAGGCGGAUCACCACCGCCUCCACAAAUUCUUUCCAAAAUGGAGCAACUCGGAUUUGGAGUAUCCCAUGGAUAUGGACUAACAGAAACUUAUAGUGCUGCUACGAUUUGCUUUUGGAAGCCUGAGUGGGAUUCUUUGCCCCUUGAGGAACGAGCUGCGCUUAAAUCAAGACAAGGGGUGCAACAUCUUUGUAUAGAAAAAGUUGAUGUUAGAGAUCCCGAGACCAUGGAAAAGGUGCCAGCUGAUGGGAAGAGCAUUGGUGAGAUUGUGUGCAGAGGGAAUACUGUGAUGAGUGGAUAUUUGAAAGAUGCUAAAGCAACCGAAGAAGCUUUUAGAGGCGGAUGGUUUCAUAGUGGUGAUCUUGCAGUGAAACAUCCAGAUGGGUACAUAGAAAUUAAGGAUCGAUUGAAGGACAUUAUAAUUUCUGGAGGUGAAAAUAUAAGCACACUCGAAGUGGAGAGAGUAUUAUAUAGUCAUCCAGCAGUCGUCGAAGCAGCUGUGGUCGCACGACCAGAUGAUCAAUGGGGACAAACACCUUGUGCAUUCAUAACACUAAAGGAAGGAUUUGAUGAAAUUACUGAGCAAGAGAUAAUCAACUUCUGUAGAGAUCAUUUGCCUCGUUACAUGGCACCUCGAACGGUCCUUUUUGAAGAUUUACCAAAAACAUCAACUGGCAAGGUACAAAAAUUCAUAUUGAGGGAGAAAGCAAAAGCUUUGGGCAGUCUAUUUUCCACUGAAAAGAUAAGUGCUGCAAGUUGUUAGCAUAUAAUUAAAUGUGUGUAUAUUUACUUUGGUUCUUCGUUGUUUACUAUUUCAACAUUGCAUAUUCUAUAUCAAAAACUAUGUAUGAAGCAUUAAAUUGUUUAUU